AGGCGCUUCAUUUAAAGUGUGUGUUCCAAAAUGGCUAGGGGCUGUCCUGCGAAGGUCGUUGUGAGAGGGCUACCAGCAAAACUAACUGCAGAGGAUUUUAUCAAAAUUGUUGACCCAUUGCCAUCGCACACUUAUUUUAGGUUUUGUGACGCAGACAACUCCCUUGGUGUUUUGGGUCUGACACGGGUUUACAUUACAUUUAGUGACAUGGAUUCUCUGUUUGAUUUUAAAGAGAGGUUUGAUGGAUAUAUUUUUUUGGACUGUGAGGGAAAUGAGUCUUCCGCCUAUGUAGAGUUCGCUGUUUGUCAGGCAUUGGCAAGUUCUAAAGGGUCUUCGGAUGAUAACAAGGGAGGCAAGGUUGAUAAGAAGCAGGGUUCUCUGUCAAAGGACCCGGAGUACGUAAACUUCGUAAACUCCUUGGAAUCAUUCGAUGUUUGUGGAGAAACAUCAGAAUCAGAAUCUAAAAAAAUGCCUUGGGAAUCCAUCUUGGAGGAUCUCCAAAACAAAGAAGCAAAUGCGUCUCAGGCACAAACUAUCACACCACUUUUAAACUACUUAAACAGCCGUGAUGGAGAUGUUAGACGUAAAGACGAAGAAUCACGUCACAGGCAGUUUAGACAAGCUAAUACAUCUGCCAUCAAAAAAGCAUCAAAAGUUGACAAAUCUGUACGAAAUCAUCCAUCAACUAAACGACCUCACGAUUCGAAACGUAUUUCUUUUGAUCGUAUUUGUGGGAUUUCGAACAAAGAAAACCCUCAUCAUCAUAGCACAGAAGAUUUGACAAAAGCCGAUGCGAAGGUACAAAAAAACAAAAAUCCAGAAAACUUAAUCACAUUGGAUGCAAACGAAUUUCCUGCUAUGCAAAGUUCCAGUCAGCGUUCAAAUAGGUCUGCAAAUCAGUGUUCGGGUUGGCCAUCAUUUUGGGCAUCAAAUGUUUCAGACGCAACAUCAGAAAAACUCAGCUCUUCAGCUUCUAGGAAUUCAGCAGCCGGAGCGGACUCAAAACCAUUAUCUAGGAUUCCGGAUUCUAGUUCUGAAAAUAGGAUCAGAGGGAAAUUUUCAGAAUUAGAAGGACACAAGUCAGAAUGUGUGACAAAAAUAACUGCAAAAGAAUCAGUUCCAAAAUGUCAGAACGAGCAAACUCUGAACAGUCAAAGUGAAACAACACAUAACGACCAGAACCCAACUCAGGGUAAUGCUUUCCGAACGAAGAAAGGGAAUUACUACUCAGCACGUACAUCUACCUCUGUCAACCAAACACGGAAACAUUCGGCGGUUCCGGUCAGAGGAAGACGGAAUCUAGAUACAAAUAUUCAGAACUAUGAUUCGGCCGGUUAUCAGGUUGAUGAUCAAGAAAAUGAAUUUAGUCAUGAACGAUAUAACAACUUUUCAAAGUUUGGGAUUCGUGGACGUGACAAUCGACGCGGUAUCGUCUCCAGUCAUGAGGUAUAUCACAAUUCAUCCCGCGAUUCGUAUCAGGGGUCUCAACAAAUCUCCAAAGAAACUGUUAAUCGUGGUUAUGACUAUAGAGAUGGAGACUCCGUUAGAAGUGAUUACUAUUCUGAUCAACAUAAUGGCAAUGCCCGAUUUUCUGGAACUUCUCGGAACUCGAGUUUGUCAAGCAAAGGUCGACUUAAUUCAGUUAGCACUGGCAGCUAUCGCCGUCCUGGUAAUUAUGCUUCUCGUGGUCGUGGUUCUGGUUAUUAAUUGAUGGAUAUUAUCGUUUGUACAUAUUAAGUUUUCUGAUUGACUGUGUUUCUUCAGUAACUUACCCAGAGCUUUUAUCAACUGGUUUAAGACAUACAGUCAUAAUAAUGACAGUAAUCAAUAAUUGUGACUCGAAAUUUUCAACCACCAACAAGUUAAAUGGUACCAACAGCAAAGAUCGCGACAUCUACGUUUUUCAUUUAUUUGUUUGACGUUUGCAAAGUCUCAAGACAACUCGAAUUUUUUUGAAUAAUCCACUUGCUUUAUUUGUUCUGAAUAAUAUUUUCAUGAAUAAGCGAGUGUAUUUAGAUAUUUUGCUGAUGAAAGUUCGAGACAGCUUGUUUUAUUCAUAGCAUUCAUUUAUUCGGAUUAAUCACCAUUAACGUUUACUUAUGAACGCUUUUUACCAAGAAAGUGUCUUUGUAUUUUAGUCCAUCGCUGUACAGUGUACAGAAAUAUCAACUAACGAGAAAAAAUACAUCAAUUAUGUGGUCGCAAUUGCUCUGUGAUUGAAAUUCUAGACUUAGUAAAGUCAGAUUUAGCGAAAACAGCAAGUUGAAACUUUUCUGCGAUUACGUUGCACAUUAAUUGCUUACUUACUCCUGUUACCUUCAAUGGAGCAUAGGCCACCGACCGAUAUUCUUUAACCUACUCUGUCUUCGGCUCCCCCUUUCCAGUUCUGUUCAAUUUUUGUUCAUUCUCCUCAUAUCUUUCUCUAUUUCUCG